GCAGAUUCCAAUUCACUCUGCUGGUAUUCACUUUCGCAAGUCAUUCAAAUUGGGGCAUAGGCAAAUAUAUAAACCUCAUGAUAUCCUGGAUGAAGUGUCGUCUCUAUCACUCCAGUCAUUAUCACCACUUCGUCUCAUCAAAUCUUCAACUCGAUCUCCAAGAAACCUAUCUUCGUCACCAUGGAUUCAGUCGAGGCACGAAUGAGCGGGUUGCUUAUCACCCGAGUCGAUGCAUCCAAUUCGCCAUCCCCAUCCGCAUCCGCAUCCGCAUCCGAAUCUGAAUCCGAAUUUGAUCCCCAUGUCGAAUUUGAAUGUGCAGUCCAACCCCCUGACAACCUCCCUGACCUCCGUAACCUCCCUCGCCUCUCGAACGAUCCCGACAGCGACAGCGACAACGACAACAUCAAGGUCCCCCGUGAUCCCGACUGGCCAUUCCUAUGGCCCAACGACCGCACAGUAAGCCGAGCAAAAGUGAUCUACGAACGAAACCGUUUGAUUACCCGGAUCGAAGCCAUUCGCAACGAUCGGACGAGCAGCGGCCACCUCGACGAGGUCAUAAGCGAGGAAGAGCGCCAGGGCUGGAUGUACUGGGGUGCGCAGAUGGUCAUCCUACUCCAGAUGCACCAGGCGCUUGAGGACUAUGACGCGCAGGAGGAGGUCCUCUUCGAGUUGCUUGCCCACGGCCAGAUUUACAUUGGCAAGGAUAUUGUCUUUCGUCGGCUGGGGCGCUUAUAUGCAAUUAGAGGAGAGGCCACGAAGGCAUGUUUCUUCUGUCGGGAAGCAGAGCUGAAUGAGCCGAAGGAAAAGAGACGCAGCUGGAAUAUCCCCAUGUUUUACACCAGGUAUCGGAACCAGAUGAUAAGCGCGUGGAAGAUGAAAAAGGACGACGAGUACCGAAAGCUGGUUGCGGUGCUGCAACGUAUUGUUAACGGUCUGGAUCGGACGGAGUGGAAGGAGUUACAGGAGGAGGAAAAGAAAAAGCUGCAAACACUCUUGGAUUAUCUCGAGCAAAACUCAGAUACCCAGGAACGUGCGACCUUGGCUAGCUUGGCCAAGGAAAAUGUCAGCAGUACUUAGUUAUUUGUUUUCAUGUUAACCCGCUAGU